AUGCAUUUCCCCAGCGUCUCCGUACUCCCUCUUUCUCUCAUCCUCUCCGCAGCCAUCCCCGCUCUUGCUCAAACAUCCACAUCAUGUGAUCCCACCAAGAAAUCCUGCCCAGCGGAUACCGCCCUCUCCUCGUCAACAUACACACACGACUUCACCAAGGGUGCCGACGACGACAACUGGAAAGUUACCGCUGGUGACAUUUCUUACACCAGCAAGGGCGCGGAAUUCACAAUCAACAAAGCUGGUGACGCACCAACGAUCCAAUCACAAUGGUACAUCUUCUUCGGCAGCGUGAGCUUCAUCAUGACAGCUGCGCCGGGUACGGGUGUGGUUAGCAGUGCGAUUCUUGAGAGUGAUGAUUUGGAUGAGAUCGACUGGGAGUGGUUGGGUGGAGAGCCUGCGAAUGUUCAGACAAACUACUUCGGAAAGGGAAACACAACAACCCACGACCGUGAAGCCGACGCCGCUGUCACUGACACCCAAGGCACAACCCACAACUACACCAUCCACUGGACCUCUGACUCUACAUCAUGGCUCGUCGACGACAAAGUCGUCCGUACUCUCCAGUUCGCCGAUGCAAACGGCGGUAGCAACUACCCUCAAACCCCCAUGAACGUCCGUAUUGGUAUCUGGGCUGGAGGCGACCCAAACAACGCCGAGGGCACGAUUGAAUGGGCUGGAGGCGAGACAGACUACAGUAAAGCGCCUUACACCAUGGUCUUGGAGAAGGUUGAGGUCAGGAACGAGAACCCUGGAAGCAGCUACUCGUACGGCGAUAUGACUGGUGGUUUUGAGAGCAUUGUCACCGAUGGAAAGGGUAGCAAUGCGAAGAAGAGUGACACUGAAGAGGGAACA